CUAAUUCAUGGGAAAUAACUCUCAGCGUAUUUGGAAGCGUCCGUCCACUCAAAACAUAAACAAAGGUCUUUGUAUCUGAGCAACUAUGGGACGAACUUCCAAAGGAAAAGGUGGUGACACAGCGAAAUCAGACUCAAAAAAUGAAGCUUCGAAAUCAGAAUCCAAAUCUGAGACAAAGGGAGAGAGCAAGAGUGAGGUCAAGUCCUCAGAAACGAAGCCUGAAAAGCCCACGACAGUUUCCAGCGGUCUGAGCCCAAACUUGUCUAAUUCGUCGACUGAUGAGUCACGUGGCGCUGUUGGGGGUGUUUCUGUCUCGUCAAAGGAGAAAGUUCAGGGCAUGCUAGAGCUGCUCUUCUCCAACAUCAAAGAAAUACAGGUUGAACGAGACAGAGCGGAGCACAACUUGUCCAACAUUCGCAAAACACAUGAAAAAAUGCAGGAAGAAGGGAAAGUGACGCCAUAUUAUCGACAGAAGUUGAAAACUUUGUACAGCGCCGCAAUGACAGAUGCGGAAGCUGAAGCUGAAGUCAUCCGGUCAGCCCUGGAAAAGAUCAAAGAAAUCAAGAAAGUGCAAGAAAAGUCUGCGAAACAAAAGCAUGAUACUGGUCGACCAAAGCAGAUAAUGCGGCGAGGUGUUCUCAUGUCGCAGCUACAGCAAAACGCAACAACACUUCCUCUGUGGGUCAGCAAGCCCGGAGAAAGUCCGCCCCCACUGUGCGGCGCGGUGCCCGCAGACAGCAACUACAUCUCGCAGCCCGAGGACAAGGUCGCCGCCCGGGUCAAAGGUCAGGACGGGGAGGAGAACUGGAUCCUCGCCGAGGUCGUCAACUUCAACGGCCACACGGGAAAGUACGAGGUGGACGACGUCGACGCAGAGGAAGGAAAAGAACGACAUUCUAUCAGCAAACGGAGAGUUGUGCCCCUUCCUAUCUGGAAAGCGAAUCCAGAGACAGACCCGGGGGCCUUGUUUUCAAAGAAAACGGUAAGCUUUCCCUCAUUUUUUCAGAAUUUGCUUUUUUUUUCUUGUGGACUAAUCAGAUCUCCCCCUCAGCCUCAGGACGACUAUUCAGUGCUGUUUGAGGACACGUCCUACGCCAACGGAUACUCUCCACCCCUCAUGGUGGCCCAGAGAUACGUCAUAGCUUGCAAGGACGACAAGAAAAAAUAGUGCGAUUUUGUGUAAAUGUGACGAUAUGAGUGGAAAUUGUCUUUGAUCAUCAAAGUACAAGCUAAGAUUUGUCCUCAUUUUCUAUCUCAGACUCAUGGCUCAUUGUCAUUUAUCGAUAUUAAGCUGUUCAAAUGUUCUAAGCCCAAAAAACUACAUUUUUCAGGAGGGUUUUUUUUAAUUUUUUUUUUUUUACAAUUAUACUUCUAUGUUAUGUUUUAUUCAUAUUUUCUCGCUUUUUUUUACAUUUGGAAUUUGAAUUUUAUCGUCAAAAUAUUUUUAGAGCACAUACAACUGAUACCACAAAUAACAAUUAUUUUUUUCUUUGAAAUUUUGAGCUCAGGACGUCUGAACAGUUGGAUGCCAUUUUUUUUUCAUUGUUGUUGGUUGGUAAAAGGUAUAAAAGAUACUGGAGGAUGAUGGUUUGAUUGAGCAACUGUUAUAUUUUUAUCUCAUGAAUGUUUUUCUAUGGUGGAAAAGAUGAAUAAAUGUCUGUGCUGUUACAGCGAAGCGCG